AUGUCUGAAGAGGGAAUAUCAGAAAGUGACCUGGAGGCCAGCCUUGAGAGUGAAGAGGAGUUUAUGGAAAAUGAGGAAGAGGACAAUGAAGAUACAGAGGAAGAGGAAGAUGAAAAUUACGGAGACGAUGAAGAUGAAAGCAUUGACCGGCCUCCAAGUAACCAGAGCCAAACAGAAGGGACUUGGGAUGGCAAAGAAUCCCCUUCAGCUACCUCUAGAGAGCCUUCUUCUGAGCCUUCGUCUCAACCCGCAUCCUGCCCGUCCUCCAGGGCUCCCUCCAGACCCUCUUCUCGUUCUCAGCCACCAAGCAGCCCAAAUAAGUCGAGCCAGAGCAAACCUCUUUCCAGUAAAACAAAGAAAAUGAAAUCCUCCAAAUUAACCAAAUCAUCCAAGUCCUCAAAAGGUUCCAAACUUCACAAGCAAUCUAAACCUGGACACAUGAGGAAAAAUAUCAGAAAGCUUCUUGGAGAGGAUCAGCUGGAGGCUGGGACCAAGGCGGCUCAGCAGGAGGAGAUGGAGAGGCGGAAACGUCUGGAGCAGCAGAGGAAGGACUUUCCUGCACCAGCCCCAGCUGUUCCAGACUCUCAACUAGUGAAUGCUGCAUUAUUUGGGGAAGUUUCUCACUUGGUCCCUGCUCUCUUGGGCAAGCAGGAUGUGAUAUGUCUAGACAGCAGUGGCGAGGAGGAUGAAAAAGAGGAGCCAAGGUUGCCCACACUUGCCAUUAGAGAUGAUGUAAUUGAGCUCAGUUCUGGGGAUGAGGACGCCCUGCAGAUAAGCAGCGAAUCAGCAGAUGAGGAUGCUGAUGGUGCCACCGGCUCAGAGGAAAGCAGCGGUGCACACAUCAAUGAUGCACUGAACCUGCCUGAUGCCCAGGGCCGCGUGCUAGUUAAUAUCAAUCACCCUGCAGAAGAGAAAGACAUUUUCCUCGCUCCACAGCUGGCCAGGGCUGUGAAACCUCACCAAGUUGGGGGAAUCCGGUUUCUCUACGAUAACCUCAUUGAGUCUCUGGAUCGUUACAAAACCAGCAGUGGUUUUGGCUGCAUCCUAGCACACAGCAUGGGACUGGGCAAGACCUUACAGAUCAUUUCCUUCAUUGACAUCCUGCUGAAGAACACCGAGGCUCACACUGUGUUGGCCAUUGUUCCUGUGAACACACUUCAGAACUGGUUGACAGAGUUUAAUAUCUGGCUCCCACCACAAGAAGCCCUUCCCCCUGACACUGACCCCACAGUUGUCUCUGGUCGCACAUUCAAAGUUCACAUUUUAAACGACGAGCACAAAACAACUCUGGCCAGAGCCAAGGUUGUGGAGGACUGGUCCAGAGAUGGAGGUGUGCUGCUGAUGGGUUAUGAGAUGUACCGUCUACUAUCCAUGAAAAAAAGCUUUGUGAUGGGCAAAAAGAGGAAAUCAAAAAAGCCUGCUGGACCAGUCAUCAUUGACCUGGAUGAAGAAGACAGACAACAAGAACUUAUGAAAGGUAUCGAAAAGGCCAUUGUACGUCCUGGUCCUGAUGUGGUAAUCUGUGAUGAGGGUCACCGAAUUAAGAACUACCAUGCGAGCACUUCGCAGGCCCUGAAAAACAUCCGGUCCAGGCGUAGGGUGGUACUGACAGGUUACCCGCUGCAGAACAACCUCAUUGAAUACUGGUGCAUGGUGGACUUUGUCAGGCCUGACUUUUUAGGCACACGCCAGGAGUUCAGCAACAUGUUCGAACGUCCCAUUCUGAACGGGCAGUGUGUGGACAGCACACCUCAAGAUGUUCGGCUGAUGCGCUACCGCAGCCACGUGCUGCACAGUCUGUUAGAGGGUUUUGUUCAGAGGCGAGGUCACGAUGUGCUGAGCGACCAGCUUCCGACUAAGGAUGAGCAUGUGAUCUUGGUGCGGCUCUCUCCUGUUCAGAGGGCUUUGUACACCGAGUUUAUGAAUCGCUUUCGAGAAGCAGGGAACAGCGGUUGGCUGGGCCUCAACCCGCUGAAGGCCUUUUGUGUGUGCUGCAAAAUCUGGAAUCACCCAGACGUCCUCUAUGAGGCCUUGCAGAAGGAGAAUCAGGCCAAUGAGCAGGACCUGGACCUUGAUGACAUCACCUCAGCUAGUAACCCCCGUUGCCCUGCUGGCCUCAAGACCAAAGUAGCAGACUCGAGCAAUAGCAAAGUCAACAGCAGUCUGCCACAACUCAAUGCCUCUCAGGAUAGAGCCAAUCAAGUCAUCACGUACGAAUGGGCAAAGGACAUAAUGUCCAACUACCAGACAGGGGUUCUGGAGAACUCAGCCAAGAUGGUCCUGCUGUUCCACUUGAUUGAUGAAAGUGUAAAGAGAAGAGACAAGAUUUUGGUCUUUAGUCAAAGUUUGUCCACCUUGACGGUUAUUGAGGACUUCUUGUCAAAGAGACCCAUGCCCCAAGCUGUUAUCUCCCCUGACAUGCAGAACCAAAACUGGGUUCGGAACCUCAACUACUACAGACUGGACGGGAGCACAUCUGCCUCAGAGAGAGAACGGCUUAUCAAUCAGUUUAAUGAUCCAGAGAACAACACAACUUGGGUCUUCCUGCUUUCCACCAGAGCGGGGUGUUUGGGCGUGAAUCUGAUUGGGGCCAAUCGCGUUGUCGUGUUCGAUGCAUCCUGGAACCCCUGUCACGACGCCCAAGCAGUGUGUCGUGUGUACCGCUACGGUCAGAGGAAACCCUGCUGCAUCUACCGGCUGGUCUGCGACUUCACCCUGGAGAAGAAGAUCUAUGACCGACAGGUCUCCAAACAGGGCAUGUCAGACCGUGUGGUUGAUGACUUGAACCCAGUGCUGAACUUCACUCGGAAAGAAGUGGAGUCGCUUUUACACUUUGUAGAAGAGGAGCCUGAACCCAAAAAAGUGUCUGUGGAAUCCAGGGAGGAGUAUGAAGCAGUGAUAUAUCAGGCUUGCCAGCUUUACCCAAACCUCAUCACCAAGCCACCGUUCCAUCAUGAGUCUCUGCUGGUGGACCGCAAAGAGUCCAAACUGACCAAAGCAGAGAAGAAAGCAGCAAAGAAGAGCUAUGAGGAUGAGAAACGAGCCUCUAUACCUUACUCUCGCCCCUCUUAUGCCCCAUAUUACCCAGCGAGCGAACACACACUGGCGAGCAUUGCAGCAUUCAACCAACGAGGCUGGCGCCACCUUACGCGCCCAGAUGACAAGCCAGUGGCAAGCGUCCGGCCCAUCCAGUCCACACCGAUCCCCAUGAUGCCCCGACAGGUCGGCAUGGCUGGCUCCAGCUCUCCUGGCAGCCUCCCUGUCAACUUCCUGCAGAAAGCUGGUGUCCACGUGCAAAGGAUUGUCACCACAACCGAUAUCGUAAUCCCCGGAGCUAACAACACAACAGAUGUUCAGGCUCGCAUUAGUGCAGGGGAGAGCAUCCAUGUCAUCAGAGGAUCUAAAGGUACUUACAUCAGGACAAACGAUGGAAGAAUUUUUGCCAUUCGUUCUGGGAAGAUCAGUAGACCAGUCACAGGGGCUGCUGCCCCAAGAGACAACCAAGGCCCUUUGAUUCACGCACAGAGUAAUGGCUGUUCCUCCCCUGUGGACCAACAGCAGCGCUCCCCAAACGGUGAGCAGCGGGCCUCCUCUCCUCUGAGCUCUGAGAUACUCAGAGAGCUCAGCCGCUACACCUCAGCGACCGGUGAUGCCUCUGCCGGCAUUGGGGAUGAAUUGCCCUCGCCGUCUCACGUGUCGUCUGUGCCAGCGGGGGACGGGGGCCCUUCCCAGACUGGUGACCUGAGUAGGCAGGUUGGCGACGACAUGCUGAGUUCAGCGUUGGAGAUGCGAGGCAGUAAACGAAAACGCAACGAAAGCCCGGGCAACGCACAAAUAGGAGGCAAACGCAGCGCUCAUUUCCCAGGACUGCCGAUGGGUUCCAGCGGGCUCAGUUUCCCCCCUGUGGGUCUGAACUCUUCCUCCUUUCUGGGGGGUCUCGGCCACAUGAGUCACCCACUUCUCAUGAGCAGUGGCGGCGGAUCAUCAUUCCUUCAAACACCAGGACAAACAAUGGCUGAUUUUCAGAACUUGUUCCCCCAAGCAGGUACCGACCUGCUUAGACAGCCUGCCACUGGGAAUGGUCAUCUUCCUACCCCCUCCUCAUCCACUGCUUUCUCCUCUGCCUCCACCACUAUUCCUAUGUCAUCCACUCCCGCAGCUGCGACUUCCUCCUCCCUCGCAUCAGGUUCUCUGCCUCCAUACUUGAUGAACCCCAAUAUGGCUGGCCUGCUUACGUCUAGUUUCCCUCUCGGCUACAGCCAGUCCGAGCCAAGGAUGUUUACCAGCCCUUUCCUCCAAGGGUCAGGGGGGUUCUCUGCACCUAUCUCCAGUUCUUCUGCAACCAACUUUCUCUCCCAUUUCAACAACCCCACCUCCAGCCUGCUAGGGGCCGCUCUAACCCAGCCUGACAGACACCCAAGUGAGCUAAACGGGGGCGACAGUUCUGAUGAUGAUGUUAUCGAGGUGACUGGACAGUAG